CCAUCUGCUCGAGGGACCGAGGCUGCGGGUGAUUUGAAGCUUGCGCGAACCGAAGGAAGGAGAAUGUUGACCCGCGCUCUUCUGCGCUGCGAUUCAAUUCAUGGCGUUCCUCACCGGCUCGCGGUAACGGCGGCGCGCUCGCGCGAGAAUUCUCGCUGCCAAGAACAGGCGCUCGAUCGAAUUGGUGCGGAUCGAGAGGCGGUGGAGGCGAUUGCGGUCGACGAGUGCCGCAUUUCGGUGCUGGCGAGGUCGAGAAGCGGUGAGAAUGUUGGAUGGGACUCACCACAUGGCGAGGAAGAAGUGUCAGCGUGUUUUGCAACUGCUGCAGGAGAGAUUGUGAAGGAAGGAACCUCGAGGAAGGUGUGGUUUGAACGCGUGGAUUUUCACACCGAGGACGAGGCGCUGUGGGAGGAGGUUUGAGUUUUCGAGGAGGGUUUAUUAGAAACCUGCGGCGAUGACGUCGAAAAUAACGCAGAACGCGAUUUUGCAGCUGAACAAUGGGGAUGUGGAUUUGCGGCCCGUGUUGCAGGUCAUGGAUGUUAGGCAGAUUGGGAAUGCGCAGACCGUGCAGGAGAGGUACCGAUUAGUGCUGUCCGACAGUGUUUAUGUGCAGCAGGCGAUGUUGGCUACUCAGCUCAAUGAAUAUGUGAAGAAUGGGCAAGUGCAGAAAGGCUCCAUCGUGCAGCUCUUGGAGUACAUCUGCAAUAGUGUGCAAAAUCGAAAAAUCAUCAUUGUCUUGAACAUGGAAGUAGUGCAGUCGAUUGCCGAAAUCGUUGGGGAUCCAAAGAACCAGAUUAGUGGGUCAACAGACCAGCAGCAACUCCAGCAACAACAACAACAACCAGUUCCUGCUCCUCAGCAACUGCAUCAACCUCCAUCAGUCAUGCAACAGCAGCGGGCUCCUCCAUCACCUGUUGUCCCUCCUCAACAAUCAUCUUUCCCGACAAUGGGAAACCAACCUCAACAGUCUUCCUAUGGGAGCAUGGGGAAUGGCAACGGAUACAGACCAGGAGGCGACCCAAAGCCUUCGAGCAUGAAUGGAGGAGGUUAUGGAGGUCAGAACCCUGGUGGUCAAAAUUCUUACCUCUCGGGUCCUAAUCCGGCGGCUCCACUUUCAUCAGGUGGGUAUCAGGGGCAAAGACAAAUCGGUGGGCAGGCAGCUCCUGUACAGCAGAGCUCUUAUGGGAAACCACUUCCUGCGUAUCAAGUGCCCACCCCACAGUACUCUGCGAAGGGUCCUAUUGCAAAGAAUGAGGCCCCUGCUAGGAUAGUUCCUAUUGGAGCACUGAAUCCAUACCAAGGGAGGUGGACGAUCAAGGCUAGAGUUACUUCCAAAGGUGAACUUCGAAGGUACAAUAAUGCAAAAGGAGAUGGCAAAGUGUUUUCGUUCGAUCUACUCGAUCGCGAAGGCGGAGAGAUUCGAUGCACGUGUUUUAACAGUGUGGCUGAUCAGUUCUAUGAUCGCAUUGAUGUCGGGAGAGUCUAUAUGGUAACCAAAGGAGCUCUGAAACCAGCUCAAAAGAAUUUCAACCAUCUCAAGAAUGACUGGGAGAUAUUUCUAGAGAACUCGUCGACUAUCGACCCCUGCCCGGAAGAGGAUGACAUGAUCCCCCAACAACAUUUUGACUUCAGACCUAUCAGUGACGUUGAGAACUUGGAGUCGAAUGCCAUGGUGGACGUAGUGGGUGUUGUUAUUGGAAUCCAAGACACCGUGCAAAUAAUGAGGAAGAAUGGAACAGAAACCCUGAAGCGCACACUACAGCUCAGGGACCAGUCUAAUAAGAGCGUAGAACUUACUAUGUGGGGUGGAUUUUGUAAUAAAGAAGGUGACCAAAUCCAGGAACUUCUCUACAAGGGGGUCUCUCCCAUCGUGGCUGUCAAAGCUGCUCGCGUCAGUGACUUCAGCGGUAAGUCUCUGGGCACGAUAUCUUCAUCACAGAUCUUGAUGAACCCAGACAUCUCAGAAGCCCACAAGCUGAGAGGAUGGUAUGAUCGAGAAGGUAAGGUUACAGAUGCCCAGUCGAUAUCCAGAGAAGGGGGCACAGGAACUCGCGUGGACUCACGAAAGACCGUUGCUCAGAUAAAAGACGAAGGCCUAGGAAGAGGUGAGAAGCCGGAUUGGAUAGCUGUCAGAGCAACAAUAUCAUUUAUCAAGACAGAUAAUUUCUGUUACACGGCAUGUCCUAUAAUGAUAGGAGACAAGCAAUGCCAGAAAAAGGUCACAAACAACGGAGAUGGGAGCUACAGAUGUGAUCGUUGUGAUCAGUCGGUACCAAAACCUGAUUACAGGUAUCUCCUUCAAAUGCAGAUUCAAGAUCACACUGGUGUCACCUGGAUCAGUGGUUUUCAGGAAGCCGGGAAGGAAAUUUUCGGGGUGGGCGCCGAGGAGUUGUUCCACUACAAAGAACACGAGGAUCCUGCCUUUGGAGAUACAAUCCAAAGGGUUUUGUUUUCAACUCACGUGUUUAAGCUCAAAGUGAAGGAGGAGACUUUCAACGAUGAGCAGCGAGUGAAAUGUACAGUGAUAAAAUCGGACAAGGUCGAAUUUCCAGCAGAGAGCAAGUUGAUACUGGAGUUAAUCAAACAGCUUGAAAGAGGAGAAAUGCCUAAUGCUCCAUCAAUACCUUCUGCUACACCUGCAAGUACAGCCGUCUAUGGCUCAGCACCUCCAGCAUAUCAGACUCCAGCUUACGGUGGGAGUUAUGGGGGAAGUUCUGCAAACGGGGCCGGUGGGUAUGGUGGCUCUGCUGGUUACACAGGUGGAUAUAACGCCAACGGGGCUAGCAACCCAUAUGGCGGAGGUUCGAGUGGAGGAAAUACGGUCAAGUGCUACAAAUGUGGUAAAGAGGGGCACUUUGCCUCUAACUGCACGAAUCAAAGUCAGUCUGGUGGUUUUGGAGGAGGAGGUGGUGGUGGUGUAGGAGGCGGAGGAGGAGGAGGAGGAGGAGGCGGAGGAUGUUACAAAUGUGGGCAAGGUGGUCACUUUGCAAGAGACUGCCCGAAUCAAGGUGGUGGAAAGUCCUUCGGAGGUGGUGGUGGAGGUUACGGAGGUGGAGGUGGAGGUGGAGGUGGAGGUGGGGGUUACGGGGGAAGAACUUAUUAGAUUUGAGGAGUUAUCAGUUACGAUGGAUGAUCUCCAUAUAGGCUGAAUGGUGAUGAGGUACAGUCUGUUUAUAGCAGACAGCUCUCCCCAACUCUGGGUCAGCUCCGUAUUGCCAUAAACUACGAUGAGCGAGUACCUUUAUCAUGAGAUUGAGUAACUUCAGUCUACUUCGAGUUCACUAUGCUCCUGUGUAUUUGUUGUAGCACUGGAGCCGUCGUAUAACCAGAGUCAUGCCUUCUGACCUCGAAGCAGCUUGUAUCAUAUUGUACUGUACCCAUCGAGGCAGAAUGCGGAGGUAAGUGUCUACUCCGACGAGCCUUCAAUUUUGCCAGUUCUCAUAAAGAGCCACCGAUUGCGUUGUCUCUCCGGGCGAUUGUAGAUGCAAGGAUUUCACCGUUCUAGGUGUGUUUUCUGGUGAAGCAACCAACGGGAAUUUUCGAAUAUAGUCUUACACAGAGAAAGUGGUUACUCUGGUAGAAAUACAUCUGCAUUUGAAUAUGUAUCUCCUGGUGGACGGGAUCUGAACUCCUAAUUUCUUUCCCUCUCUCGUAUGAUUUCAGUCAUCCAGGCUUAGGUCCACACACGUUGUGUCUUAUAAACGAACCCUGAUGCCUGGCUGGUAUUUGUAUAGUCACACAGCUGUGCAACUGCAGAUGUUCUAGAAAUUGGUCAACGAUGAAGUUGACAGUCAAGUUUCGCUUUUUCUUAUGUAAUGUGACAGGUCCUUCGGUUGCAAUCUAGACGCUUGACAGCUAGUUCGCUGUCUUUGAGCAUCUCUAGAACUUGAGUACACAGGUAGAUUGAGAAUAGCUAUUCCUGCGAGAUCAGUUUUAUGAUCGAUGUCCGUUUGGCUGAAGCAUGUGGAGAAUCUACGAGAACCAGAAGCUUCUAGCCCAUCUGUCCGGUCAAUGAUGUGCACCUACUGAACUCGGUUCCAUUGGCUCAUUACGUUUCCGAACACCUUCGUGACGAUUAUGGUUCUUUGCAGUUUGUAUAGAAGGGAUGAUGAGGAACUCUUGCCAUUUGUUUCCGUCUUCACAACUUGAUGUAUGACAUUUAUUCGGAUUCACCAUCCAUUGACAACAAGUAACUAAAGUAU